AGGAUGUGGACCAGUUUACAGGUCGGGAUCUGAAUGCUUCUGUUAACCACAUGCUUUGUCAUGGAGAUAAAAAAGAAGAGGGGCUCUUUAGGAAUCCAGAUCGUCCUGUAGAGGGCUCUUCAGUGGUUAGAGAAGAACAAGGAUUGGCUGCCAGGGGUAUGACCAGGAUGACAUCACCAGAAAAGUGGGAGAUAAAGCAACUUAUUGCAGCAGGAGUGCUUGAGAAAUCAGAUUAUCCAGGAUACACAGAAGAAAGUGGUAUAUUAGCUGGAGAAGAAGAUCCUGGCUCUGAUGAAGAUGUUGAAAUAGAGAUAGUAGAAGAUGAACCACCAUUUCUACGUGGCCAAACAAAACUUUCACUACAUCUUUCACCCAUCAAGAUUAUUAAGAAUCCUGAUGGGUCAAUGCAGAGGGCAGCUAUUACGCAAAGUGCAUUGGCGAAGGAACGUAGAGAACUGAGAGCUGCUCAGAGAGAGGCUGACAUGGACAAUGUUCCACGUGACAUAGGCAAAACGUGGAUUGACCCUGUACCAGGUGGUUCGGGAACUGGAGGUAUGUAACAAACUGUACUCGUGUUGAUUAAACGUCACAUACUUUGUUUUUGACCCAUAAUUUUACUUCUAGAUGUAAACUCUUUUUGGAAAGUUUUGAAGGGCCUUUCAAUAACUGUCUCCAAUGAUUGGUGGUCAGUUUACAUUAUUUAUGCACCUCUCUGCUAUGGCUCGAAAUGGUCACAUUUGCUUUUAAAAGAAAGAGGAGAAAUAAGAGUAAAAAGGGCUUCUGAGGCUUCACUUGUCAGAGGGGCCAGCAAAGCAAGUUAUGCGCCCGGGCUUGCAUAAAGCGGUAUUUAGAUAAAAUGGUAUAAAAGGUAUGAGGCAGUACCUGCAAAAAUAUGCAGAAAAUGUAGGGCAGUACCAUUGGAGAGCCAACCAGCAUUGUAUUAUGGGUGCCUUGGCCUAAUUAGGCUUGGUGGGUUAAACAUAUCUUUGAUAACCAGUGAACUCUACCCCCUCACCCAAGCCUUUCACGUGGUAGUACUGCCGAGACUCAACACAC